AGCGCACGUUUCUUAAAAGUCUUAAAACUUGAACGCGCGAAAUACGCAGAGUAACCUAGAAAUCCGUGGGAUUCGACUGACUUUGCAUAAUAGCGAGCCCAACGGCCAUUUUUAUGUAAUACGAUGUAAUAAAAUGUUAUGCAACGUUCAUUUUGACCUCAUAAUUUGGCGGGUUGCGAACAGUCCGACGCCAUGAUAGCACACGGUCGCGCGCUUUCUCAUUGAUAGUUCAGUGUUCGAUUUUUGAAUUUGUGCCAGUGACAUUUAGUGCAGUGACUUUGGAUUUUAAAAAGUAAGUUUCCCGCCGCUGUUGUGGCUAGCCUGAUUGUGUUUUUUUUUCUGAGAUGCGAUUGUGAAAGUACGGCGCGGAAAUGUGCCUAUGUUUUUUAUGAAGCGUAUGUAGAAUGUGCUGAACAAUCACAAUGACGACUCUCGACACCAAUAGCAACAUCAUCAAACCACUGGACAUGAAAAUUGAGAACAGGAACGGACAGGAAAGCGCGGACAGGAACAAAACAAAACAGGAAAACAUGACAGCGGUGAAAACAGAAAACAUGAAUCUAGAAAAUCUAAUCCAACAGAAAGCCGACAGGAAUCAGGAAAUAAACGGAAACAUGGAACAGGAAAUCAGGAAUCGAGAGAUAAAUGGAAAUGUGGAACAGGAAAAUAGGAAUUUGGAGAUAAAUGUAAAUAGUAGAAAGAUAGACGAGUGUUUGGAAUGUAGGAAGGACGAGAAGAGAUUAACAGAGAUACAGAGGUUUUAUCAUGGAAAAAAUAUUAUGAUAACGGGCGCUACAGGCUUCCUGGGCAAGGUGCUCAUGGAGAAGCUUCUCCGCUCGUGUCCAGGCGUUGAGAAUAUCUACCUGCUGGUGCGGCAGAAGAGGGGGAAGGACAUUUAUACCAGGAUAGAAGAGAUUUUCGACGACCCUGUAUUUGAUAGACUGAAAGAAGACGUCCCGAAGUUCCGACACAAAGUGGUGGUUAUCCCCGGCGAUUGCGAGGCGGUGGGACUCGGUCUGUCCCUGUCUGACAGGCAAAUACUUACGGAGAAGGUGAACGUGGUUUUCCAUUCGGCGGCGACGGUGAAGUUCGACGAGCACCUGCGAGCGGCGCUCGCCACGAAUGUUCGUGCGCCGCUACACCUACUCAGGCUCGCGAGGGAUAUGAAGGACUUGAGCGUGUUCAUGCAUGUGUCUACAGCAUACUCCAACUCCCACCUAGAAGCGGUUCAGGAGCGGUUCUACCCGUGCGAAGCGAGCUGCGAUCACCUGGAGACGGUGAUAGACAAACUGACAGACGAGCAGAUCAACCAGAUGUUGCCUACAAUCCUAGGUCCUUGGCCGAAUACGUACACCUUCACAAAAGCGCUGGCCGAGAAAGAGUUACGGAAGAAUGCUGGAGAUCUCCCUCUGGGCAUCUUUAGACCUGCUAUAGUUACAUCGACAGCGAAGGAGCCUUUAGUCUGCUGGCUGGACAACAUGUACGGACCCACUGGAGUCGCCAUUGGUGCCGUAACCGGAAUCCUCCGAACCCUGCAAUGCGACGAGAAAGUGACAGCUGACAUCGUGCCAGUUGACAUGACUGUCAACUGUUUAAUGGUGGCCGCUGCCAACGUUCACAAAACAUACAAAAGGUCACCUCCUCCAGAGCCCCCGAUCUUCAACUACGUGAGCUCCGUGGAGAACAGGAUCACCUGGGGGGAGUUCAUGACACAUAACCUCAAACAUAUCGAUAAGAACCCCUUUUCUAAUGCUGUGUGGUACGUGUCAUUGACACUACACAGUUCAGCUUUAAUGAACCAGCUUUACAUCAUCUUCUUGCAUCUGCUACCAGGAGUGCUGGUUGAUGCGUUAGCUGUGUGUAUAGGGAGGAAACCAAAGAUGUUGAAGGUGUACCGCAAGAUCCAUAAGUUCUCUUCUGUUCUCUCCUACUUCUGCACGCGGGAGAUUCAGUUCUGCAACCGGAAUAUAAGGAAUAUGUGGGACAGCACGCCGGAUGACGAUAAACAGAUAUUCCCGUUCAGUAUGGGCGAAGUGAGCUGGGAGGAAUACUUCAAGCAGUACCUGAUCGGAAUCCGGCGAUACAUGUUUAAGGAGAGCGAUGACACAUUGCCACAAGCGAGGAUCAAGUGGAGAAGACUCUACUACCUGCACCUGUUAGUACGGCUGCUUUUCUCCGCUCUGGCCCUCUACGCUCUAUGGUCCAUAUUAUCUGCAUUAUUUUAGAACCAAAGUUAUUGUUUAUGGUAAAAGUGUAAAGUUUUAGAAAAAUCAUAAGUUUAAAUUGAAAAUCAAGUAUGUCAGGAAAAACAAAUUUUAAAUAAAUAUUACAGGACAUUCCUACACAGAUUGACCGAGUUCCACGGUAAGCUCAAGAAGGCUUGUGUUGCAGGUACUCAGACAACGAUAU